AAUCACCCCCAACUUACCUGAUCCCGCCUGCCAAAAUCUGGACCUGGUCCUCUACCUUCCCGGACAUAAGUACAAACCUUACGCUGCUUUAAACCUUGUCACAGCAUCGCUUCACUCUCAUCGCCUGUCAUUUCACCUCGCACACACAUCACGAACCGCAACGCCGCUGGUCAUCGGUCAUGGAGUCUCCAGUCCUCCGCCGGUACGAGAUCGAAGAGCUAUUGUCCCUCCGGGAUUCGCCCUUAGUUCAGAAACCUGCUAGCCUUCCGCCAAUUGAAGAAUGGAUGGGGUGAGCUUUCCCUUAUGUUUCCCUGUGUUUGCUACUUGCUGCGGCAGAGCUUCUGCAGUGAACCCCGAGAUAUCUGGGCUGACCAGCCCUAUAAGAACCCCCCCUACCGUUAGGCCACAGACUACACGGUCGCGUGCGGAUGGAGACAGCCUCUUGGCCAACCAUGAAGACGGAGCCAAAAUGUAAGUGUCCCCUAAAACACGUUGCCCGCCUAAGCCUAACCUUCCCAAGCGGUAUGACGUCGACCCGCCGGCCAUCUCUAUUCGAAACUCGUCAUCUCUCCCGCCCCUCACGUAUGUGUCCUAUCCGUCAUCCCAUCUCAAGUUUAAAACUGAACUAUUGACCCGUUCACAGUUGCCGAUGACAUUAUACUUGGCCCGCCCAAGAUGAUGUUUGCAUCCUCGUCCACUCGAACACCUUGCGGAAAGUUUGACCAUGAUUCCCAGGCCACUUCUCUAGGCUCGCCAGCUAUCGAUGAAGAGCGUGAAAGCCCUCGUUUCGAGCGGUUUAGAAUGGGUGGGAAUACCAGACUUGGCAAGGAGAUGGACAAAGAUCGCCCCGAACGGAAUAGCUUGCGCGGUGACCAUACUAAACGAGGCUUCGGUAGAGACGAUACUGAAGGUUGGACCGGUGCGUCUCGUCAGCCUCGCAAGAGCUUCGGGGCGGAGGAUGGUGACCGUUUCCGCGGUACUGGUGAUAGGGGAAAGAGGGAAACUCCCUGGGAUAAGGACCGUCCACCCAAAUAUGACAAUUUUGGUAGAGAACGUGAGCAUCGUCCAAGGGGGAGAAGAGAUGAGGCAAGCUGGUUACUCGAAGAUCGUGGUACCGACAGAGGAGACCGUGACCACUACCGUGACCGCGAUCACCACCGCUAUAACAGCAGCAACAACAGAAAUGAGAAGGACCCCGAAUGGAUGGAUUCGGGUCCAGGCAAUGAAGAUAAAACCGGUGACAGUAAGGCUGUGCAUUCAAUGGAGGAAUUUCAACGUUGGAAGGAGAAGAUGAAGGCAAGCAAUGCACCGGAAGAAAAGAAGAUCAGGGCUGAAGCACCAGCGGAACUUGUUGGGCAAGACAAAUUUCCCAAGGAGCCUAAAGGUAGUCAUCAGAGUACGAAGGAAACUGGAAAUUCCCAUUCCGCCAUAGAAGGUUAGCCCAUGCACUGAGUAUGGAGAGUGCAGAUAUGCUAACACGGUGCAGAGCCGGCAACAGCUCCGGCAGUCGUAGAGAACGGGGUUGACAGGUUCUUUGGUCUCUGGGGUGCUCCGAGUUCUAGCAAGAGCCCCGAGCAGGACAUCUUAGGAAAUAUGCGCCCGGAGACCAAAACUGCCGUCAAGUCCCGCUUCACUUCUUUCUUUACCCCUCAAGAACCCGUCUCACCAAAUAUUCCAGAGCCUCCUAUUGCUGCCAAAAUUCCCACUCCGGUAAAUGAGUCUUCCUCCGAGGACAAGGAAGGUUUCCAGCGUAUACUGGACCUCCUGACCAGCAACAGCCUUGGAAGUUCAGAGCCAGUUUCUGUUCCAUCUCCUGGGAUAUCUCGUCCACCGCAACCAAGUGUCUCUCCAUUGGCCUCCAUGAUGCCCCCGCACCCACCCCCAUCGCACUCCCAGCAGACACCCAUCACUUCUCCUCCUCAUCACCGAGACCCUAACGCAGACUUUUUUAUGCGUCUCAUGCAGCAAAACCAAUCUCAAGGUCCCCCUCCCCCACCCCCAUUGCACGCUCCAUAUGGAGGCCCAUCUCAGAUGCCCCCGCCACCUCCAAUAUCAACCAGCCCUCAUAGCUUUCAGAGAGCAAAGAACAAUCCACUUUCACCAGCAUUUGAUGAUCCUGCCAUUACUGCUUUUAGGCAGCGUUCCAGCCAGGAGUCCACAAGCCCUAUUCUUCCCAGGGGCCCUCCUCUUAUGGAACAGCAUGGCCCUCCCGGCAGCUGGAACCAUCAGCAGCAGCAACAGCAACUAUCACAGCAGCAGCAGCCACAACCACAACCACAGCAACCUCCCCCUCCCCAAAAUCACCGCCAGGUAGCGCCACCGCCUGGAUUCGCAAGACCCCAACAGCAGCAGCAUCACCACCAAGGUCCUCCACCCCCACCCGCCUUCCUUGGCCCACUCCCUGGUGUUAAUGGGCCUCAGUCAAUGCCAUUUGCGUUAGGUCCUCCCCCCAACCUGCCUCCAAACUUUGGACCUCAUACCCCCCCGUUCUUUGGGAUGAACGGGAUGAAUGGCCAUCCACCUCCACCUCCGCCUCCGCCUCCACAAAUGAAUGGACCCCCGCCACAGGGCUACCAUAUUCCGUUACAUCACCCCCAUGCUGAACCACAUGGACCCCUCAUGGGUAUGCAUGGACCUCCAUUUGGAUUUCCCCACGAUGGUCCCAAGCACCCUCAGCACUCCCACGGUCCUGGCAACCCAAGGUUCCCCAAUGAGUCAUUACACCGCCAGCUUCGUUAGCUUUACAUCAACUACUACUACUCCCUAGAUGCUGUGCAGUAAUCAAACCACAACACUACCCUACUCUCCACCAUCCUUCACAACGAUCAGUUUUCUCUUUCUCUUCCCAAUUAGUCUUGUUUUUCCCUUCUACACUUGUGUCAUGCGCAUUUGCUUGAUUAAUUCCAUUGCUGUUUGUUUUUUCUUAAAUUUCCCACUGCUGAUGAGGUCUCAUCUAUUUGCGCUAUCACGUCUUUAGUGCCAUGUAACCAUAUUUCAGUUCUGAUAACGCUCUUACUCUCGCAUCCUCCCCCUUUUCUCCUCUUUUCUCUCCAAGUUUUUUUCCUCUUUUUCACUUUUAUUCUCUAACUGGGCUCGUCGUUGUCGGUGCUUGUUUGGCGAUUACGUGUGUUGUUACUACCACUUUUGCUUUGCUCUUUCCCCCUUCUUCUAGCCUGCGACAUUCGGUAUCUUAUUACGACGGUUUCUACCGCAUGCGCUUGAAAAAAAAAUAUCUAAGUCUUUUCCUUUACGUCUAUUUUUCUGGUUAGUUGGUCGAUCGGUUGAUCGAUCGAUCGAUUGAUCACGCUAUCGUGGGUUUUGUUGGGUCGGGUCGUUCGCGACAAUGGUUUGCUGGUGGUAUUGAGCCGGUGGGGCAGAGGUUGGAUUGGUUGAUUCGUGGAUGGAGAGGUCUUGCUUGGGUGGAGCUGAGCAAAGCAGGCAGAAGUUGUGAUAACGGUAUCAAUCAUGCCAAAUAAAUCUUUGCUGGAGAGCUUGAUACUCUCAAAG